GGAGGAAAAAACCUCCAAGGAGCAAUUCCCACUGACUCGCUAAGUGGCGGAAUAUGAUUUUAAAAAGCUGGGAGCUUAAGGGCCUUUUCUGAGUCGACGCGUUGCAAGAAAAGGAAAGCGGAGAGGCCGGCUGUCUGUUGCGCUUCGUCUUGCUGGAAAGUGGACUCCGUUAAUAAAUAGUAUUUCACUUUUAUCUGUGGCUAGAUUACACAACGCAUUAAAUGAAAGCGUGGUCAGUUGACUAGUAAGUCCGCGGCCUCAGCCGGCCUAAGAGUUUGUAGUUUAGUGUCUUCUGCAAAGCAGCCAGUUGGGUUAACUUGGUUCAAGCAACUGUGGGUUUUGUCAACAUGGAAGAGGAUUCAGCAUAUAAUAAUAAAGUCGAAAGUGCAAUUGGCUGUCACAUAGAAGAUGCUGUAACCUUUUGGGCACAGAACAUUAAUAGACAUAAUGAAAUCUUGAAGACUAGCUGUGCUCUGGCUGAGAUCUGUCCUCAAGCCACCCCAGUUUUUGGCAAUCCUGAUUUUAGCAAGAUAUAUGGAGGAUGCUUUUCUGAAGAUAAAUGCUGGUACAGAUGUAAAGUACUUGAGGUUAUCAAUGAUGAAAAGUGUCAAGUAUUAUACAUUGACUAUGGGAACUAUGAGACCCUCAGUAGAUCAGAAAUAGUUGAGAUCCCGGCAAACUUGCAGUUCCCUGGUGUGGCCAAAAAGUAUAAAUUGUGGGGACUACAGAUUUCAGCUAUUCAAGAUUUAAAUCAAUUUGACCAGGGGAGGAAGUUUCUGAAGAGUUUGAUAUUUGAAAAAGAGAUGAAGAUCAAACAUCAAGCCAUGUAUCAGGAUGGCACCAUUGCUGCCCAGGCUAAAUGUGGCCUCCUGGAUGUUGGGGAAGAAAUGGCUAAGAAAGGCUUUGUUGAACUUUGCAAAUCUUCUGUAAAAAACAAAUUUUGUGAGACCAAAGUGGAUUCCUUUUUGUACCAGUCUAGGAAUGCAAAAACUUCCGUUCAAGCAUGGGCAAUGAAAGGGAGCUCUUUAGCAAGCAAGAGAAUAAUAGGAAAUUUUGCUGAUGUAUUUCUGGAUGGGAGAAAUGAGAGUAACUCUACAAAUGAUGUUUCGUUGAUCAAAGACAAAAUGGUCACUUUUGAUUUUAGAAGAGUGUCAAACAUUAGCCUGGAAAAAAUCAAACAGGAUCAGAAAUUGAUUGAGGAGAAUGAGAAACUAAAAGAGGAAAAAAAGACUUUCCAAGAAGAAAACCGAAUUCUUUCCCUUCAUUGUGAAGAACUGGAAUCAAAAGUACAGAAACUGACUUGUGAUCUGGAGAAAGAGAAGAAAGCUUGCAAGGAAACUCUUGGUUAUAUGGAAAAUGUUCUGCAUACAUACUUAGGAACUACAGUGAGAAAUUUGGCUGCCAGCUUUGAAAAACUGAAAGAAGCGAGGCAAGAUCAUACAGAUGCUCGUUUUGGAGAAGACCUUUCAAAAGCUGUAAAUGUGGUUACCGAAGGGAGCCUCGUGGCCCCUCUGUCCUUGGAAAAGCUGGAAAAGGUUUGGGCGGAUUAUAAUGUCUCCCAACAGGAAAUACGCCUUUGCAAACAUGUGGAUGAAGUACAAAGUUUGAUUCUCCAGAGGAAUGAAUUGCAGCAUAAGCUGUAUGUAGCUGUGGAAGAAUUCAUUGUGGAGGUGGAUGAUCUGCCGCUUUCCAAGCGCUUAGACACUUUGAAGAAGUUGGAAGGAUCGUUGGAGGUUGUAUGUGGUCAGGUUGAUGAAGCAGAGAGUUCAGAAGAAGUGUUCGAGAAGUUCUUUGAGUGGAAGAAAGCUCGGUUGGAGGAAUUCCGUCGGGUUAGGAUUGCUACAGACGCUUCCUUGCAAAACCUUGUAAUAAGUUUCAGCAAGAUAAUUCAGUUUUUUGACAUGUCAUCGGUUAUAUUAUUGAAAUCAGAAGAUAUAGCUGGCAAUUUGGAUGAAAUUCUUAAGAAUGUCGAGUUGGAUAUUUCACAAGAAUUGGACAUGUUUCUAACAGAGCUAGAUGAAAGAGACAAAGAAAUCAUCUUAAAUGUGCAUGCUGUGGUUAUGCGGAAGAUCCACCAAGAAGAAGAUCUCUUAAAUACUGUCUAUCAAAAGUAUCUUGAAAGUUGUGAGUUCAAAAACCAGAUUGUGGAGUGGCUGGAUAUGACUCCUAAUAUUGAUGAUUUGUUACUUAUUAAGAAGAGAAUGAAACGCAUAAAGGCUGAGCUGAGGUGGAAAUUGGUAGAAAAAAACAACUUGGAAGAAUCUGAUGAUUACAGUGAAUCUGAAAUUGCAAAAAUAAAAGAAGAAAUCACUGCUCUACGAGAUAACAUAUUUCAGGAGAUAUACAAGGAACAAGAAGAAUAUGAAAAGCUUAAUCAUCUAGUUCAAAAAUGGUUCCCUGAGCUGCCGCUCCUCCAUCCCGAAGCAGGAAUUUUGAAAUAUAUGAACUCGGGAGGUCUUCUGACUGUCAGUUUAGAACGUGAUCUUUUAGAUGCUGAGCCAAUGAAGGAACUAAGCACAAAACAUCCUGUGAUUUGCUCCAGAGUGCAGGGACAGAAGGUUCUCCUGAAGGGAUAUACUGUGGAUAUGAAUACUGAAACCGAAGUAGUAGAAAGAGCAGCGAAGUAUCACAAAGCUUGGAGAGGAUUAAGGGAGGAAUCUUGUUUAAUGCGACUAAUGUUCCUGUUUUUAGGCAAGUCUGAUCCUGUGGCAUAUCUAAUGAUUCCGUACUAUGCUGGAGCAAGCCUGGGCAUGUUGCAGAUGAUUACACCUUUAACCCCAGAAGAAACAUUAAAAGUAAUGAAAGGAGUAGCACAUGGUCUGUGUGCACUACACAGAGCUGAUAUAAUUCAUGGAUCGCUGCAUAAAAACAACGUAUUUGCAAUGAACAGAGAACAGGGGAUUGUUGGAGAUUUUGAUUUCACCAAAUCUGAGAGUCAGCGUGCUUUGUCAAAUUCUAUGACUUUGAAUGGCUUGAGCUUAACUUCUCCUGAACUAAAAGAGGGUCAGCCGCCUUCUCCAGCUUCAGAUUUGUAUGCUUUUGGUUGCCUGCUUUACUGGCUCUUUAUUGGAAAGGAAGAAUUGAAAACAAACAGAGAUGGAACUCCUCUACUGGAUGGCCUUAAUAUGGACGAUAAAGUUAAAUCUCUGCUGUCUCAACUCAUUUGCUGUAAUAAUCAAAUGACUUCAGAGCAGGUGUUGAAUGCUGACUGCUUCUUGUCACCUGACAUGAUUUCAGUUCCAGUAGAAAGUGAGCUCACUGGAUAUGACCAUGGAGAAAAGAGAACAGAAGAUGACGUUGUGUCUGAUGAAAGUCAGGACAACAAGAGAGAACCUUCAUCAAACAGAGAUUCAGAUGGUUAUGAAUGUGAUCAGAAAGCAAAUUCACAUUAAAUAAGAUCAGCAUAACCUGGACAUCCCAAGAUAGCCUUUUCAGCCUUGUGAUAUUAAAAACAGCAGAAGGAAGGUUCAGUGUCUUAAAAGGUUAUAUACAUACGUUUUCUGCUUUGCCAUUCCAUAUCUUAUUUUUAAACAAGGGUGAUACAUAUCUAGGGAUAUCGGUGCUUGACCUGAGUUGUAGCUUCAGUUUUGAGAAUGUUAAAAUUUACUUUAUCUGCUGUCAAGUAUUCUUUGCACUUGUCUUCCAGAACCACAGAAUACCCAACUAAAGCAUCCCAUGUUGCCUUAAAGAAUUCCCAAAUUAUGUUCUUUAACACUGGAAGACCAGAAUUCCCAUAAUUUGAUAUCUGAAAUUGUUUUGUUGCUCAAACUAUGACAUAAAUGUUGCUGAAUUACUUGUAAUUCUAUUUGAUUCCUUACAGUUGCAUGUAACAUAACUUGUCUGUUUUUGGAGCGACAGUAUUAAACUUACGUGAAUAAAGUUUUGAAGCAAAUAUGUUGUGGUAUUUGGAUAAAU